GGCAGGUGGACCGGAUCCCCGCCGUCCACCGGGACCAGGUCGAAGCCAGACAUCGGCUCGGCAGAGCGGACGGAAGCAGCUGCACCCCGCUGGAGGAACGUGGAGGAAAACAGAGAGCAGCGCCACGCUUCGACAAUUCAAAAGGCUCUUCCACUCAGUCUGACUCUAUUAUGCAGCAUGUGUGUGGGAGGACUCCACCAGUGUUUUUUCUCUGUGAAGGAAGCCCCGCCCUGACGGCAGCCGAAGGCACCGCCCCACCUCGCAACUUUGCUGAGACGCUGCCGACAGAAAUGACCGUGAGGAUCUUUGGCGAGCUGGACGCGACGAGCCUGUGCAGCGCGGCGAGGACCUGCAGGCUGUGGCAUCAGAUCAUCGAGCAGAGCGAGCAGCUGUGGAGGAAGCAGUGCCUGAUGGUCCGAGCCAUCUGCCAGAGGGAGGUCGACAGCGACCGGAGACACGGCCUCUCCUGGAAGGUGAUCCUGGUGAGGAACUACAUCCGCAGCCGUGUGAAGAAAGACUGGCUGAUUGGACGGUUCAGCCACGUGAGGUCGGCGGACGAGCUGAGCGGCAGGAAGCUGACGCCGCUGGAUGCGGAGACCUGGGGCGAGAUCCUGGAGGCCGAGCUGGAUCGAUGACGUCGUUCCGGUUUUAUCAAAGCACCUCGAGCACUUCUGAUUUUUAACUCUAAUAUAUUCCCCCUGCAGUUUGUGUUUCACGGGAAACGCAAACUUUUGUACAUAUUUUUUAAUUUUUUUAUAGAAAAAAAUCACAGAGAAACAAAGUGAAACUUUUUUUUUUUUUUUAAAUUUGAGCCUUUUAGUUUUGGGUUCGUGUAAAUAUGACGAUGAUACAAUAAACCAUCUUUGUGAGGUU